AUGAUUUUGCUGAUGGUAGUGAUAUUUGGCAGCAAUCAUCUAUUACUUUGUGCAUGAAUUCAGACCAACAACAAAGUAUUAUUGAACAUUUAACAUAUAAAUUUGAUUACAUUAAGCAAAUACAAGGUGCCGAAGUUUAUAGUUCAACAUUACAAGAGGUUAAUAGCACAAGACAAAAAUAUGGGAGGGCACAAGGUAUAAUGAAGAAAGCUCUGGAUAUGGCCAUUGCUACUAAUUCAUAUGAUGAGUUUAUAGGCAUUUGUCAUAGGUUUAUAUUGGAUAAACAAGAAAAUCAGACAUCAG